GGCGGCGGACUACCAACAAGGAGACAGCAGCCAGUAAAAAGCGGGUGGAAGUCUCUGACAGCGAGCUUUGAGCCGGACAGACAUUUAACCGCUGGCUUAAUAGUUUUCUCUCGCUGAUAUUUCGUAUGAAGCAGCUUCCGUCUUGUUUUCGCCACAGGGACAGAGGUGAUGGAAGACGAGGAGAGGCAAAAGAAGCUGGAGGCCGGCAAAGCAAAGCUGGCUGAGUACCGCCAGAGAAAAGCUCACGCCGACUCCCAGAAGAAACAGAAAAAGAAGAAGAAAAAGAAGACAGGGGAGGACUCGGAGGGGGAUACGCAGGGAAGGGUGGAGGUCCAGCCGGAUCAAUCUGUGGGAGGAGAGGAGGUCUCAGGCGGAGGGCGAGAUGGGUUACAAGAAGGAAAUAAAGCCCCACCCACCACGGAGUUUACCUUCGCUAGAACACUGCGGAGUGGAGAGACUGUCAAGCACGACCAGACCUACACCAUAGAGCCGGAGAGUGAAGUGUCCACUACUGCUGAAGAUUAUUCCUCAGAGGUAAAUGGGUGCCAUGAUGUGAUGACAGAGAAUCUAAUGAUGUCUUCGAAGGAUUUUAUCUGGGAGGAGGUGGAGCCUCUGCAACAGGUGACAAAGCGAGGUACGAUGCAGGAUAUGGAGGAUGCACUCGCCGCCAAGACCCAGGCAGUGGAGGAGCUCAGUCGAGAGCUUGAGGAGAUCAGGGCUGCCUUUGGUACAGAAGGAGUGCAGCAGCUGCAGGACUUUGAAGCUGCCCUGAAGCAGCGAGAUGGCAUCAUCACCCAGCUCACAGCCAACCUUCAGCAGGCUCGUGAAGAGAAAGACGAAAUCAUGAAAGAAUUCCUGGAGCUGACAGAACAAAGCCAAAAACUGCAUAUUCAGUUCCAGCAGCUGCAGGCAGGCGAGACACUGAGGAAUACCAGCCACAGCAGCACAGCAGCAGAUCUUCUGCAGGCCAGGCAGCAGCUCGUCCAGUACCAACAGCAGCUGGAGGAAAUGAACAUGGAGGUCAGAAAGCACCAGGAGAGGAGCAGCGAACAGCUGGAGCACAUCAGCCAGCUCCAGCACAAACUCAGCGAGAUCGAGAUGUCAGGAAGCACAUCAGAGGAGUCAUUUACACAAAGGAUAAGCAAAAAGGACCUGCUGAUUGCUGAACAAGAAAAAGUCAUUGUGAGUCAGGAGCAGUCGCUGACGGAGUUAAGAACAGCAGAACAGUCUUUAGCACAAACACUGAAAGAGAAAAGUGUGAUAAUUUCGGAGCAAACUGCAAUAAUCACAGAACAUGAGCGGUCACUGACCCUCCUCAGAGAGGAACUUGCUCAUGUGGGAAGGACUACAGAUGAGAAUAUCAUCCACCAUUCAGAUGACAAAGACCUGAUCAUAGCAGAGCAAGAGAGAGUCAUUUCAGAGCGGGACUGCUCUGUCACACAGCUCGAGGAUGAGCUUGAGUCCUCUGAAAAACGCCUGCGCGACCUCCAGCAGCGAAUGGCUAAAGAGCGGGUAGAGUUAGAAAAUUGUAAGGGUGAACUCACAACUUCCAGACAGAAAGAGCGAAUGUCCUCUAAUGAAAUCAUGCAGCUCAUGGGCACGGUGGAGGACCUGCAGAAACGCUGUCACCAGGGCAGCCUGUCUGAGAGUGACACCAUCCAAAAAAUGCAGGAAGAGAGUGUAAGGAAGCUCGAACUUCUCAGGGCAGAGCUGGAUGAGAUGUACGGCCAGCAAAUUGUUCAGAUGAAGCACGAGCUUAAUUUGCAAAAUGCAGCAAAAGUGGAGCAAAUGAUUGAGCAACAUAGUGCUGAGCUUGAGCUUCUAAAAGCACAACUGUCUCAAAGCUCCACUGCUGAAGUGGACAGUCUCAAUGCUAAGAUUAAGGAGCUUCAGGAGACAUUAGAGCAAUCCCAAGCAAUGCACGAUAAAACCAUACAUGAGCUAAGCCAGGUCGACCAGGAAAAGUUGAACCUGCAGGUUAGGGUUGAGGAUCUUCUGCAAGAUCUUCAUUCUGCUAAAGAAAAAGUGGAGCUGGUCUCCCACAGUCUUAUCUCUCAGGAAAACCAACAAGAUGAACUGCAGCGUCUCCAGGAGACAAUUGACAAUCUGAAGAGCGAAUUGGCUGCUGCUCAAGAAGCUGCACAAGAGGCAGAAACAAAACACGAAUCAGAAGUAACCAAUUACAAGAUCAAGUUGGAGAUGCUCGAAAGGGAGAAAGAUGCUGUGCUGGACCGCAUGGCUGAGUCGCAGGAAGCAGAGCUGGAACGACUGAGGACUCAGCUUCUGUUUAGCCACGAGGAAGAGCUCACCCAUCUGCGGGAAGAAUUGCAGAGGGAGGGCUUCCUGAACACAGAAAACCUUCUCAAUGAAGCUGCCAUCAAACACGAGAGAGCGUCGGAUGAACUGCGCUUUAUUUACGAAGAAGAACUGCAUUUGUUACGAGGAGAAAAGGCGAGUUUUGCCACAGAGCGAGAUGAGCUUUUGCACCAGAUUCUUGGCCUGAAAGAAGAUCUAAACCUAGCUUUGCACAGCUCCAAAGCAGAUGAGCUUGUCCAGCAGCUACAAGAGCUUCAGGUGGAGCUCGAGGAACUUAGAAAGGGAGGAGAAGAACGAGCUAGAAUGGAAAACGAAAUUCAGGCAUUACUGAAGAAGACAGAAGUGCUUGAAAAACAGACAAAGGAGAAAGAACAGUGUUGGGAGAACCAAUGCCAAGAACAGGAAUUAGAAAAGAAGACGUUAAUUGAAUCUAAUAACACUUUGAAAGAAGAGUUAGACUCAAAAAUUAUGAAAAUUGAGACAGUCACAGCAGAGAAGAAUCAAAUACAGCAACAAGUAGAUGAGCUUAGAGAGGAAAUUGAAAAGCAGAGAACUACUUUCUCUUUUGCUGAGAAGAAUUUUGAUGUGAAUUAUCAGGAGCUGAAGGAGGAGUACAUGUGUCUCAUUGAGGCAAAGACACAGUUAGAAGAGAGGACACUGAAGGAGACACUUGAGUUUGAAGCAAAAAUUGCCAGCCUUCAGUCACAGAUUCAAGAGCUGGAGGAGAGCAGCAGAGAUAUCAAAAUGGAGGACGCAGAUACAGAUAGCAAAGCUUUGCUAGAAAAAGAUACUACUGAGCUAAUGGAGAAACUUAAUGUUACUUUGAGUGAGAAGGACAGCCUGGCCGGGAGGCUUUCUGAAGUUACAGAGCAACUGAUGUUCACAGAGAGCAAAGUGGGACAGCUGGAAGAAGAGCUGGUGGAAGUGAAAAAAGAAAACACAAAGGUCAUCGCCCAAAAUGAAAGCCUAGGGAAAGAACUGGACAAGAAACAGCAGAUUAUGAGAGAGCAGACAAGGGGGCAGGAUGCCCAGAGAAAAGCUAAGCUCAAGAAAGAAGAGCAAGCUGUUGAGCCAGUUUGUUCUUUUGAGGAUCAUCACCCUCAGAUUCAAUCUCUGCACGAGGAGAUAAAGGCUCUUCAGUCCCUCUUACGGGCAGCUGAAGCCGAGAGAGACGGCAUCCGACAGACCCUGGAGCUCCAGAGGCUUUCACAGACUCCAUCUCCAGCAGCAGUCCAGUCCUCGGGGGAGGGACCUGAGAGGGCCAGCAAGGAGGACUCCACUGACGGGUACCAGGGAGACGGAGACCACACCAACAAACGGGGUGAGUGCAAGCUGCAGAUGGAGGCCCAGCGCAUCAGCCUGUCUCAGAUCCACGCCGCCCAGCUCGAACUGCUGCAGGAGGAGACGGACUCCUGCACACACUCUCUGGAGAUGAAACUGCAAAAGCGGAAAGAUCACGGUGACCUGGAUGAGCCAAAAAUGUUCAAAUAUCAGAAUAUGUUACAAAUUGUGUCAGAGGAAUGCAGUGAGAUCAUUCAGUCUUUUCGAAAGAUGUUUGGUGAAGACUUUUUGGAGAGUGUUGAUGUGGGCCAGCUGCCUCCUUCAGAGGAAAGACCAGAAACUAGUGAAUCCACCCCCAUUGUACUGGAGGCCAGAGAGCUGUACAGAGACCUUCAGCAGGUGAGGGAGAGGAUCGAGCAGGAACAUCAGCGACUGUCACAGCUCCAGACUUUGCUGAGAGCUGAUGGGAACAAGAUGAUGGAAUUGCAGAUGGCGUACGAUGACCUGAAGAGCAGCAGUGAGAAGGAGAUCUCUGACCUGCGUGUGCAGGUUGCCACCUUAAGCCCCUCCUCAAGCAAAGAUCCAGAGGAGCAGGCUGGUGCACCAUCUCCCUCCAUAACCAAGGAAUUACAGAGGCUGAAGGUUGAGGCUCAGGAGAAGCAGCUGCAGCUGGAGGAGAGUCACAGACAAGAGAUGGAGCAUCUCAGAGCUCACUACCAGCAGCAGGCCACAGAGACAGAGGAGCGUUACGCCACUGAGCUCUUCAUGCUGCAGCAGCGACUGCAGGAGGUCACAGGCUCUGAGACGCACUACAGCCUGUCCACAGUUUCAGAGUCCAGCUCUGAGAGGACGGAGGAGCACAGCGAGGAACUAAAGGACCUGGGUGAAGAGGAAUUGUCAGAGGGAGGUGUGGAGUUGCGUUGGGCUGCCAGGUCUGCAGGCCUGACGGCACAGCUGCAGGCACUGAGGAAAGCGCUCUAUCACAAGUAUCUCCAAGAAGUCGCUGCACUCAAAGAACAGCACAGCAGCGAGCUGAGGAGACUGAGAGAAGAAAAGGGUCAGGAGGGGAAAAGAGAGGAGCGCCAGGAAGGGAGCGGAGAGAAAGAGCAGGAUCUCAACGGUAUCAUCGGCGCUGGAAGCUCCACUGAAAGCCUCGGGGCUGCAGGGCAGGUCGUGUUGGAAGAGAAACAACACUGGCAGAGAGUAGAGGAGGAAGUUGCCAAAGCCAUUGUUCAGAUGUCAGUGGAGUUUGCACAGCAGACUGAGCUGGCUCGAAUCAGCAAGCGUGCCUGCCAGGCGAGCACCUCCAUGCAGACCCAGCUAGAUGAAGAGGAGGUGGAGGAGAGGGAGAACGAGGAGCGGACUUCCAGAGCUUCUCUCAGCCCAGGAGCCUGGCUGGAGGAGGUGGAGAGGGAGAGGCUGGAAAGGGAGCUGGAAGAGAGGAACGCAGAGAUCCGAAAGCUAAAGGAGGAGCUUCAGAAAACUGAAACGGCACCUGAGCAGGCCAUUAAGAAGAGAGAAGAUGAUCAGGAGGAAGAAGAAGAUCCAGGCGGGCCGGGAAUAAAGCAGGCUUAUGAACACAAAUCGUCUUCAUCGCAGGAUGAUGGAGAGUCGUCUGACACUGAAAGAAACCUGUUGCGUAAGGCCAACGAGAAGCUUAGUCAGGUGCUGGUUGAUGUCCUGAAGACAACAGCAGCAGCAGAGGAAACUAUGGGCCUCCACAUGCAAAGUCUGCGUGAUGCUUCCGGUCACAGUGCAGAAAGUUGGCAUAGCAGUGAUACCAGCGCAGACGAUAUGAGUUUGUGGUCUGGGGAGACGGAGGCUCAUGAGAGUCUGGAGGUGUCCCAACAGAUGAUGGACAGUCUGCUGCUGGGGGCGGGGACACAGUUAGAGAACGAGGAAUAUCUAAUGGGCAUCAGCAGCCGACUCCAAACGGCUCUGGAGAAGAUGUUGAUGACCAUCACCGACACCACCAACCAGCUUGAACAUGCCCGGAUGACCCAGACCGAGCUGAUGCGGGAGUCCUUCCGCCACAACCAGGAGAUGAGUGAGCUGCUGCAGAAGCAGGAGGAGCUGCAGGAGAGAGUGUCCGAGGAGGCCCGGGCACGGGAGCAGCUGGCUCUGGAGCUUCACCGUGCUGAGGGUCUGAUCGAUGGCUACACAGGUGAACGGGCUGCAUUGGAGGAGCAGUUGCGACAGAAGGAAGAGCUCCAGCUGAGCCUCGAGCAAGAGCUGCAGGUUACAAGUAGCCGGCUGCACGAGUUGGAGCAGGAGAGGCUUCAGAUGCAGGAGGAGCGGGAGCUGCUGUCACGGCAACAGGACGCUAUGAGGGAGCACGCCGGGCCCCGUGAGCUUCACCUGCUGGAGGAGACGGAGAAGCUGAUGAAAGAGAAGGUGGAGGUCCAGCGGCAGGCAGAGAAGGAGAACUCUGACCUCCUGAAGCAGGUGAAGCUGCUGGAAGCAGAGCUGGAGGAACAGGUCAACAGGGUGAUCGAGCUGGAGCACGCUCAGAGGACAGAGAGCGGAGACCAGCAACAGCAGAUCCAAGCUCUGGAGAAACAGCUGGAGAAGAACAGGAAGUUCCUUGACGAACAAGCUGUGGACCGAGAACAUGAAAGGGACUUCUUCCAGCAGGAGAUCCAGAAACUGGAGCAGCAGCUGAAGAAUCCGCAGAAGCUUCAGACCGGCUCUGAGCAAAGAAACCAAGAGGUGGACCAGCUGACCUCCCAGCUGAAGGAGAAGGCGGAUUGGUGCAGUGAGCUGCUGCUCAGCUCAGAGCAGCUGCGUCGUGAGUUGGGAGAGCGCGACGAAGAGAUUGACAAGCUGGAGAGCCGCAUCCGCGAGCUGGAGCAGGCCCUGCUGGUUGAACAAAAGAAGCAGCAUGCAUCCAUCACCGAGACCAGACACUCCACACUGGAGGCUCAGUUGCAGACAGAGAGAGAAGCUCUGGAGCGGAAAGAGAAGGAGAUCGGUAACCUGGAGGAGCAGCUGGAGCAGUUCAGAGAGGAGCUGGAGAACAAGAGCGAGGAGGUGCAGCAGCUUCAGAUGCAGCUGGAGAUCCAGAGGAAGGAGAUCAGCAGCCAGCAGCAGUACCUAGAAACAAGGGACAGCAUGCUCCAGGUGAUGGAGGAGAAGGACAGGGAAAUAGCACUUCUUAAUGAACAGAUCACUAAGCUUCAACACAUGGAAACAGCUUCCGAUAACAAGGAAAUUGAUGAGAGGGAUGAGCUGAUAAAAGACCUGGAGUCCCAGGUAGAGUGCCUCAGGAGUGAACAAGAGCGCUUGAAGAGGAAUAAUGAGGAGGAGUUUGACCAACUGAAUGCAGUCAUAGAUAAACUUCAGCAGGAACUGGCCAAUAUCGAGCAAAAACAGGUCGCAGAGGAAGAUGAGGAUGACAAGGGUGAGCCGGAGAGCGGUGAAUGGGGGCCAGGUAAAGAGGAGUACGAUGAAAUGAAGCAGAGGAUGGACCUUGCCACCAAAGAGCUCGAUACACUGAAAACGGAGCACAGUAAACUGUUGGAGACAUAUCUGCGCUUGAAAGAGAGCGCCGAAGCUUUAGCUGAAACAGAGAAAAUGGAUGGUUCAGAGGGAGAUCUUGAAGAAGCUCUCAGAGAGAAAACUGCAGGACUCGUAGUCAUGCAGGCCCAAGUACAAGCUCUAGAGCAGAGCGCAACAAACAGGGUGGAGGAGUUAGGGGUCCGUAUCCAGGAGCUUGAAGACUUGGUCGCUGAAAGAGACAGUGAGUUAAGUCGCUGUCGCCUCCUUGUGGAGCAAACGCAAAGCUAUGUAGAUGGUCUCCAACAGAAGGUCUCCAGUCUGGAGGAAAAUCUGAGGGAGAAAGUGGCUGAGGUGCUGGUGAGCCAAGCCACCCUGGAGGCCUUCCAGCAGCAGCAGCAGCAGCAGCAGCAGCAGACACAAGGAACCAAAGAAAGCCAGGACCUGCAGAGAGAUGCAGAGCCACAUGUGCACGGCUUUGGCGACUUUGGUAUUCCCCAAAUGGAUUUCAGUGGACUGGGUCAAGCAGGACACGUUCCCACUGGAAAGGUUGUCCAUCUGACCCAGAGGCUUCGGGAGCUGGAGGUGGGACUCAGUGGGAUGCAGAAAGACCAGGAGCUCCAGAAGCAGCUGCUCUCCAGCUCUGAGGAGGAGGUGCUGGAGUACGAGAGGAGGCUGGCUGUGCUCAUGGACCUGCUCAGUCAGAUGAAGGCCAGGAGUCACCAGAUUACUUCACCAGCUGUGGAGGCCUCCUCUGCUGAUUACCAGCCGUCUGUGUCGGAGCUGCUUCAGGAGUUGCAGGAGGUUAAAGAUGAGACCUCGGCCACCAAAGAGCAGCUUGACAGCUUCAAGGAGAGCAGCAGCAGACUCCAGGAGGAGCUGCAAGAAAAAACGGCAACAAUAGAGAGACUACAGGAGCAACUUCAAAAGGUAUCAUCUAGUGGCAGUGAGGAGGUCAAGCUGUCUGAGCUUCAACGGGAACUCAUGGAGGCUCAAGAUGAAGCAGCAGCCACCAAAGAGGAGCUUAACAGCAGCAGGGAGAGCCUGGAGAAGCUACAGGAGCUGCUGCAGGAGCGGGAAAUGACCAUUGCCCACCUUAAAGGAGAACUUUUCCAAGUAAAAUCUGAUGAAGAACGAGCCGACAGGACAGAGCUUCUCCAGGAGCUCCAGGAGGUCAAAAAGGAUGCGGAGUCCACCAAAGAAGAACUCAACAGCUACAGGCAGCAUAAUGAGAAACUGCAGGAGGAGCUCCAAGUCCGUGAAGUCUCCAUUUCUGAACUCAAAGAGGAACUCCAGGAGUUGAGAAAGAACGUGGAUACCACCAAAGAAGAGCUCAACAGCCACAGGCAGCACAAUGAGAAACUCCAGGACGCGCUGCACGUCCGCGAACUGUCCAUUUCCAAGCUCAAAGACGAGCUGCAGGAGGUACAAACAGCUUUGAUGAAGGCAGCAGACUCUGGUCCUCCAUCUCCAUCUCCUUCUCCCUCUCCUUCUCCGUCUCCUCAGCCUCAGUCCUCCGCCACCGCCCAGCCCAAGAAAAAGGGAGCCAAACAGCCGGCUGGUAAGGGAAGCAGUGCCAAAGAUAAACCAUCUCUGUCCAGGAAAAACUCCGCUGCUUCCAGCCAGUCCUCCAACAAAUCUCGCAGCUCGCGGCUGAACAGCAGCUCCGAACAGCAACACAUGGCUGUAACAGACUCGUUCACACAGACCGAACCUUUCCAAAUGUCUGAUCUCAGUCCAGAAAGCAAGUCUGCCACCAAAGAGGAGAUGGAGGAGGUGAUCGGAGAGUUUCAGGAGAAGAUCGUGCAGAUGCAGGAACUCCACGCCGCAGAAAUCCUGGACAUGGAGGCUCGGCAUAUUUCGGAGAGCGAGAACCUGCGGAGGGACACACAUGCCCUGGAGGACGAGUGUAAAGCCCUCAAAGCUGUCAUUGACAAGCUGCGCUCUACUGAGGCCGCUGCAUCAAGACAAGACCGUCCUACGCCACAGUUCAAAGAUGGAUACACCAGUGACAGCAGCUCCGACUACAGCCAGCGGACUGGAUAUGACCUCCCGAGCUUGCAGCAGGAGUUCAGGACGACUCCAGAGGGCGCCAGGAGAGAAACUGAUGAUCCACUGCCUGACCGGAUCAAGAUGUUGCUCCGUGAGGUGCACCAGGAGGGCAUGCAGGUGCUUUCUCUGUCAGAGCUUCCCCUCUCUGAAGGCGAGCCGGGCGGCCAGUUCAACAUCCAAGGCUGGGUGAAGGAAAGAGAUGCUUUGCUCGCAACCGUGGAGUCUCUCAAAGGCCUCAUCACUCAGAUGCAGACACACAGAGAAACACAGAUGUCUGGGAGUGCGGACUGGCGUGCGGCGCUCCUGGAUGCAGUAAGGCAGGUGUUUCUGAGGGAACGAAGCGUGCUGAAGAACGCCCUCUACAGCCAGCUGGAUCUACUGGACACCAGUGACGCCAUCAUUUACCUCAAUCAGCUGGAGCGCAGACUGGCUGAACAGGACGCCCACCACAGGGAAGCGAUGGGUUCACUCCUCACUGCAGAGAGAUCCAGUCUCAUCUCUGAGAUUCAUCAGCUGCGAGGUCAACUAGAGCAACUCCAUCAAGGCGUCCAGCCUGCAGUGUCUAUGGCUGCUGAAUGCAGUGUGAAGGAGCAGAGGGAGGGAGGAGGAGCAGAUGGAGCGGCGGAGGCUGACAGGCUGCUGGUGGAGGAGCUGAAGGGUGAACUGUCCCAGACUAAACUAGAGCUGGAGACGACGCUUAAGACUCAGCACAAACACCUGAAAGAGCUGGACACUCUGAGGGCAGAGGUAUCGAAAAAGGCUGCAGAGGUGGAUGCAUUCAAUGACCAGCUGACAGAGGAGAGGAAGAGAAACAGAGAUCUUCAGUGGGCCAUGGAGAAGGAGAAAUGUCGAACUGGAAGAACUGAGGAGAGUAAGCAAGAAGAGCUGGAGGACCUCCACCUCAGUCUGGAGGAGCAGAAGAGCCGUGUGGCCCAGCUGACCGUGAGCCUGGACCAGGAGCGCCAGGCUUUGUUCCAGCUCUCCCAGCAGGCUGAGCAGGAACGUCUGAGUCUCCACAGACGACUCCAGGAGCUCCAGGUCCAGCUGGAAACAGAGCGAGCCAAGGCCCAGGAGAUGAGCACUGCGCUGGGGAGAGAGAGGGAGCUACGGACGGGCGUCUCUUCUGGCAGUGAGGAGCCAGUUGAGGAGAGGAAGAGGCUGGAAGAGGAAGGGAGUGUGCUGCGAAGACUGCAGAGGGAGCUGGAUGACAAGCAUGCACAGGUGGUGCAUCUCCUCAGCCAGGUGGAGGCCGAGAAGCUUGAAGUGGUGCGAAAAGAGGAGGAGAUGACUUUGGCAAGUCAGAGGUCGAGACGGGACCAGGAGACGCUGCUGGAGGCUCGGGCUCAGCUGGAGAGCCUGGAAGUACGAAUGUCAGCGACCCAGGAGCAGCUGGAGAGAGAGGUGGAGAGGAGGAAAAGCCUGGAGGAAGAGAAGGAGAGACUGGAGGAGAAGUUAACCCGAGCAGGACAAAGGGAAGGGAGCGGACCUCAGCAGGCUGACAGCCACAGUCAGGCGGCAUGGCACAGUGAGUCCACCGACCGCACCAAAGACUGGGUGUUCCAGCAGAAGACUGGAAAUGUUCUGUCUGCCAGCUCCAGUCCGUCCUCCCACCAGGAGGUGUCUCCAGCAGGUCACACCAGUGGACCACAUCAUGGUCCUUGGCGCACAGUCGACAAGAUCGUGGGCAAACUCCACCUCAUUUCCUCGAAGAUCUGCAGCAUGGCGAACAAAACUACUGGCAGGCUGACUGCAGAGGUCGACAGUGAAGAGCUGGCCUGGGUGCAGUCCAGUGUCGAUGAAGUCAUCACUAUGCUGCAGCAGUCCCCAGGUCUACCCUCCGUCCCCGAGAGCGUGUCCCCGCUGGCAGGAGGCUCCUCCAGCUCCUCCAACUCCCUGACGGAGCGGCUGCUGAGGCAGAACGCCGAGCUGACAGGGUUCGUCAGCCGUCUGACCGAAGAGAAGAACGAUCUGAGGAACCACACGCUCCGUUUGGAAGAAGAGCUCCGACGUUACAGGCAGGCUGGAUUGGGAUCAGGAGACAGCGUGAGAGUGUCAAAAAUGGACUCAGCAAGUAUGCUGCUCUCCCAGGAGCGGGAAGCUUGGACUAGAGAGAAGGUCCGUCUGGAGAAAGCUCUACAUCUGUCUCAGUCCCAGGUGGCCCGACUCAGGGGAGAGAUCAGGACCGACACUCUGCGAGAGAUAACUGGACCUGAGGCUGACAAUGCUGCACUGAAGAGGAUGUAUGGGAAGUACCUGAGGUCAGAAAGCUUCCGCAAAGCACUGAUCUACCAGAAAAAGUAUCUGCUGUUACUGCUGGGAGGUUUCCAGGAGUGUGAGGAAGCCACACUAUCGCUGCUCUCCAGGAUGGGCAGCCGACCGUCAGUCUCCAGCCUGGAGUCCCUCAGCCAGCGCCGCCGGGGGCUGAUGCGCUUCCGAUCUGCCGUCCGAGUCUCUAUCGCCCUCUCCAGAAUGCGUUUCCUAGUGAAGCGAUGGCACAAGGCGACAGGGAUGAGCUCCACAGCCUCCUGUGGUGUCAACAAGAAUGGAACAGGACAGACAUUAGGUACAGAGGCAAGAGAUUCACCAUAUCUUCACCCGGGCAGCGUGGAGAUGUACCGAGAGAGAGGCAGCGGAGGAGGAGUCAUCUCCAGCAGCAGAGGGAGAAGUGGACGAGAAUCCCCCCGAUCAGCCAUCUCCUCCACUCACCACAGGUUUCACAUGGCCGGAGACCACGGAGCUCUCACCUGUUCCCACCUGCAGAGCUACGACCCCGACCGAGCACUCACUGACUACAUCUCCAGACUGGAGGCCCUGCAGAGGAGGCUGGGGAAUGUGACAUCAGGUGCUUCUUCAUAUGCUCAAUUGCACUUUGGCUUGAGAAGAUAGAUGCUGACAAGUUACUUUGGCUUGAAGAAACUCAGUUGCCUUUUCUCGUGCUGAGCGCUCUGCUGUUUUCUAUCAUUCUGGUGUGGACUGUAUCUUUCCAUGUGGACCAAAACACAUUUUUUUAUUAGUGUACGACAUGUAUUCAGGCUUUUUUGUCGCCAGCACUUGAAAAACAGCUAUGUUUGUAAUUUAAUCUGCCUCUUUGUUGUGGAUGAACUACAAUCAUGUAUAUUUGUCUAAUGCUAAUUUAAGACCUUGUGAUUAAUUUAUAUGUUUGUGUUGUAUGGGUGGAGCGUUAUGUAGAGAAUGUUUGGAUUUACUGUUAAGGAGGCUGCUACUGGAUAUCCUACACUACACUGUGUUUUGUUUAGACCGGACAGACUACAGAGGACAUUUGUAGAGAACGUAUUUUUGUAAAGCGUAGGAGCUUUGAAUUUUCUGGGUAUUUUGUCAAAAACUGAAAUAAAGAGGACUACAUUAUUUGAAAGAAUGUUGUAUUUCUCUUGUUUACCACCUGGCAAGAAAAUAUUUUAUUGGAUCUUACAGUAAAUCACAGUUUUACAUUUUUCUGCAAAGAAACUUCAAAUUUUUAAGAGUGAAACUUUUUUUUCUAUCAAAACAUAUUCACAAUAUAUAGUCCGUUUCCUAGUGUUUUACAUUGUUCAUACCAUAUGCUUAAGAUAAAGGUCAAUUUUUCUUUCCAGUUUAUUUCAUGUAUAGUCGUAGUUCAGUUAUCCUCUGUUGAAGGUUUCCUUGCAGCCAUUUCCCUGUAACGAUAUUCUUUCAUGCAGCCAAAAAUAUUUAAUUUAUGCUGUGCAAUGAGUUUUUUUUCAUGAUUUUACUGAGAUAUAAUCUGACAAAACUUCUAAGUCAAAUAAAGGCAAAAAGUUGUGAAAGUUACUUUUUAAAGGCAUCAUAUAUGGAUAUUUAUGUGCAUUUAAAAAAAAAACAGAAACAACAAACUAAAAUAUACUGUUGA